AUGACUUUCACAGCGUUUCUGGCUGCUUCAGCAGAUCCAGCGGAUGCAGCCGCUCUGACUGUUGCGCCGACCUGUCGGGUCAGAGGUCAUCCAGAGACAGAGCUGACUCUGAGGUGUGGAGACCAGAGAAGAACAGGUGAGUAAAAAAGACGUGGAUCCAGAGAUAUUCGUUUAAAUCUGUGGGAUUAAACACAGACUGUGAGGAUUUAACGGGGGUCAGAAAUCCUUCGAUCAGGUCAGAGGUUUCAGUCGGACUCAGUCUCAGGUUUGAGUUCCUGCUGAGGGUUUCGGACCCCUCAUGAAUGAUCUGCGCCCCCUCAUCUGUAAAAACUCGUCCUCUCAUGCACAGGUGUGGUUCAGUACUGGCACACUCCCUUCGGGGACCUUGAGACCCCCGGUUUCAGGACUGAACUGGACCCUGCCGUCAUGCAUCAUGAUGGGAGCCUGGUGGUCCCCAACAUCAGCUCUCUCCACAGCGGCUUGUAUUACUGCCUCCUGCUGCACAGAGAAGGAACUACACUCUGGUCCUACGAGCUUCAUGUGAGUCGAAGCAGCCAGAGAGAAGGUGACCACAGCGCUCACGAGCAACCCCACUGUGGUGCCUUCAGGUUCAGGAGGUCCGCUGGGUCUCCUGAGGAGAGGCAGGCCGGCGUUUCGGAUGAGCAGUUAGCAGGAGCCGUGGCGGCGUCUGUGAUUCUGACAUUUGUGGUGGGCUUCAGCGCCGGAGCUUUGUCCAGGACCCGGGUUCUCAGGUGAGUUCAGGUCCUAAAGGUCCAGAAUUAUAACAAUAAUAAUAAUAAUAAAGAAAGUAAAGUAGAUGUUCUCUAAUUAGUUCCAUGUCCUUUCAGGUGUCUGGGUGCCAUCAAGAGCAGGGUGGGAUCACCACGGCAACAACGACAACGACAACGACAACGACAACGACAAGGCCAAUCUGAUGCUCUGGACCGUGACUCUGACUCCAACAUGGACAAGAACGAGACCCUGGAGAUGGAGGAGGUGGUCCUGGAGGAGGAUUCUGCCGUCAGUGUGACCAUGGAGUCCACCUUCUCAUCCAGAGCCUCAACGCCCCCCGUCAAACCUCAGAGAAGCUUCCGGCAAAAACGAGAGGAGGAACCAGAAACCACGACCUACCUGGAGGGAUGUGACUACCUGAAGGUGGAGAAGGUGGAGGAGGUGGAGAAGGUGGAGGAGGUGGAGGAUGAGCAGAGAAGUCCGGAGGAGAACAGUGAGGAGUGUGACGGGGAGGCAGAGAAGGAAAAGGAGUUCAGUGGUUCCUUUUAUUUAUCCGACAAAGAUGGAGGGAGUCCGAGCGGGACAGAUGAGGAGGAGCGCAGCGAGGAUGGAGAGAUGAGAGAUGAAAGAGGGAGCAGAGAAGAGGAGGAGGAGGAGGAGGACACGAAGCAAGAGGGGGAGGAGAUGGAGGAGGCAAGAGCACAGGAGAUGAGUAGUCCUAGUAGUGAAGAUGGAGGUGAAGAGGACAGCACAGAGAACGAGGAGGAGGAGGAGGAGGAGGAGCGAGACGACAAGAGAGAGGGAGGAGAAGAAAGGGAGGAAGGAUUUAGAGAUGAGAAGAGGAGGCCAGAAGAUCCAGAGAUGGACCAAGAUGAAGACCUGCGUGGUGAGGGAGGAGACCCUCCAGCUGCUCCGCCCUCUCUGGGUCGUCGCAGUCGCGUCAUACGCCUGUACCAGUACGACGAAGACGGCCAGAGAUACGGCCACCUCCCAAACCCCGCCCCUGAUGAACCAGGCCCCGCCCCCAAACUGAAGCAGCGCUCCCUCUCUCUGACACGCCUCAGCGCCAUCAUGGCCGCUGCCUCAGCAGGUCCACUGGACGUGAGAGAGACGGAGGAGGAGAGGAAACACUUCCACAUGGAGCUGUGA